CAGGAGGGAGACAGACUUCAGUGACGUCAUAUAUCUGCAACACACGUUGACUCGUGAACCAGGAAGAGCGGUCAUACAUUCAUCUACUGUAACAUAGUAUUAUGCUCACAUUUGCAUUAACGAUCGUUCGACAUGGAGAAACACAAUACAACAGAGAUAAAUUGCUGCAAGGUCAGGGUAUUGACACACCGUUGUCAGACACGGGACAUCAGCAGGCGGCGGCUGCUGGACGCUACCUAAAAGAUCUGCAUUUCACCAAUGUCUUCGUCAGUAAUCUACAAAGAGCUAUCCAGACAGCUGAGAUCAUUUUAGGAAACAAUGUUCAUUCUUCUGCGACUGAGAUGAUAUUGGAUCCUUUACUCAGAGAGAGGGGUUUUGGGGUUGCAGAAGGAAGACCAAAGGAACAUUUAAAGAACAUGGCGAAUGCAGCAGGUCAGGCCUGUAGAGAUUACACACCACCCGGGGGAGAAACACUGGAACAGGUAAAGACUCGCUUCAAGAAGUUCCUCAAAUCCUUGUUUCAGCGCAUGUUAGAAGAGCACGGCUCUGCGUUGAGCUCUGCACCAUCAGAAGCAGAUCAGUCUGUGAUCGCUGGACUGGCAGACGAUGGAGCCCAGAAUGUACCCAUCCAUGCUCUGAUGGUCAGUCAUGGGGCGUUUAUCCGCGUAUCUGUGCGUCAUCUGGUGGAGGAUCUGCAGUGCUGUCUGCCUGCAGGUCUUAAGAUGAACCAGGUGUUUUCUCCAUGUCCAAACACUGGCAUCAGCAGGUUCAUCUUCACCAUCCAUAGGGAAGAGAGCGUCCCGCGGGCCAAACGCAUACAGGGGGUCUUUAUCAACAGAAAAGACCACCUGGAGGAAGUCAAAAACUCUGACUGACAGGAGUCACUGCUUGAUCUGACAGUUUGUAUUUAUUGCAAACCCAGCAACUGAAGCACAUUACAAAUCUGUGUGUUUGAUUUUAUCAUGUAUGUUAUUUAAAUGCAGUUUUGUGAGCUGGCUGACCGUAAACACUCAUAAGACGUCUUUUUGAUGUCGUCCAUUAUUUAAGCACUUUAAAAUUGCAGUUUUGGCCGCUAUAUUCACACAUAGUGUGUACAUGUAUUCGUUUUCAUGCAAUAAAAGAAAUUCUGAAACUUGAAA